CGGUGUCCGCUACCCUGAUGCUCCCUGCAAGCUGCUCGCGCAGGCUGGUGGCCGAGCUGCAAGAUGCGCUGGACGCCUGCGCCGACCGACAGCGGCAGCUGGAGCAGAGCCUGCGUGUGUCCCGGCGGCUGCUGCGCGCCUGGGAACCUGCCGGAAGCCCCGCCCCAGGAUGCCAAACUGACCAAGCAACCCCAGGAAUCCAAACUGACCAAUCAACCCCAGGAUGCCAAACGGACCAAGACAAUCAGCCUCUAGCAGACACACUCAACCCCCCAGAGCUUGAAGAGCUGGAGUUUCUGGCCCGGGCACUGGAGAAGGCAGUGCGGGUGAGAAGGGGCACAUCAGCACCGGCUGCAGGAAGAGACAAGGCCCCCCGCCAGAAGGUGGGCUGCACUCCAGCUCCAAGCCAGGCAGGCCGCGGGGCAGCAGCAAGGAGCAGGCCACCCCGAGGCAGCCGCCAGCUUCCAGCACCCACCUGGACACCUGAGCAUCGGCCUCCACCGGCAGGCGCGGAGGACAAGGCCAGCUCCGGGAUAGGUCCUUGUAUGGCGCCCCCCAAAGCUCCAUCGGCCCCCCAGCCUUUCAUGCUGAAGGAAAAGGGAGUUGGGGUGCAGACUCGACUACAGGGCUCUGCUUGCAGGACCCUGCUGCGGCUGCCCAUGGCCUUCAGGAGAGCAGCCUCCAUCAACUCCCGCCUUUGGGCUGAGCUUAACUCCCGGACCAACGGCCCCAAUGCUGCUGCUGCUGCUGCUGCCAGGGCCCAGUUUCUGCAGAACAUGCAGCCUACACCCAGAGCCAGCUCUCCGCCCAGUGCUGCAGUGGUGGCAGCCGAGAUGAGGCGUCUGCGCAAGGCCUGCUCAGUGCUGAGGUUGCGCCUGGGCCAGGAGCUCGUGGCAGGUCAACAUCCCGCUGGGGUGGAGGGUAGGGGGCCAGGCACAGGACUGACAGGGACCCCGUGCCCUGAGAAGUUACAGCAGGAGUACCGCAGCCUGCUGGUGCUGGAGGGGCUACAGGCCAUGGCCAACCAGUGUCUGCAGAGGCUGCAGGAGCUGCGCACAGCAUGGAGUGAACUGGAAAUGACAACUGCAGGGGGCUCACCCAGCUGUGGAGGGGAAGCUCAGUCCCACUGGGGCCCCCAGUUGCUUGUUUAUACUAGUGCGAAGGAGCUGCAGGCCCUGGUGACCCGAAAGCUGCGAGUAGAGAUGCUGAACCAGCAGCUGUGUCUGCAGAAGGUCCUGAUGGCUGAGCUGCUCCCCUUACUACGUGCUCAGGAGCCCCAAGGGACCCAGGGACUGGUGCUGUACAGGGCAGCGCACAGUUUGCUCUGCGAGGGAGGCGAGCGCUUCAUCUCCAUCCUGAGGGAUGAUUCUCCCGACUGAACACCACCAGUGCUUCUCUCCAUUAUCCUGAUGAACGACCUCCCCGACGGAGUGUCACUGUCCCUCGUUCCUGACUUCUACACACCAGCAGGCAGAGCUGGGCUGGCUU